AUGUAUCAUUUGCAAGCUACAGCCGCCCGCAAGCAAUCAGCACGUGGGUUUUUCGAGGCUUCCGCGAACAGUCGGCCAGCUCAUUGGCUGGCGGCAAAGGCGGCCGGCGGCCACGUUCACGUCAAGCCCGGGGGUUUCAGCUCUUGCCGGCGCUCUUGCUUGCAAUGCCUGGCAGACUUGGCAGACUUGGCAGACACGUCAAGAUCCUGGAACUUCGACUCGGCACAAGCGGCCCUGGCACCGGCGGAGAAGGCUUCGGUGCACACGCUCCGCUCAGCAGAGGCUCCCACUGAGGAUGACCGCCACAAGGCACGGAAGCCUGGCGGACGUGGCAUGCACAACGCCGCCUCCCUUUGCCGCAGCUGCUCCGAGCAUCGCCAAGGAAGCCCGGAAGCCUGCGUGGGUUGCGUGAGUUGCAAGAGGGACCUGAAUCGGGCAGCUCCUACCUUUGUGCAUGUCGCGCCGCAGGUGGCUCAAUGCCGAGGCUAG